AUAUCGCUAGCUAGCUUUCGAGCUGUCGAGAGUAGGAAAGGAAGAGAGAAACGUUUGAGUUUUGAUUGAACUCCUCAACCCCCCAGUCUGCCAGUGUUAUCUCAAACUACACCAUGCCGAAAGUGAAGCGAUCCAGGAAGCCACCGCCUGAAGGAUGGGAGUUAAUAGAACCAACACUCGAAGAAAUUGAGCAGAAAAUGAGAGAAGCUGAGACUGAGACUCAUGAAGGGAAGCGUAAAGUUGAAUCCUUGUGGCCCAUCUUCAAGACACAUCAUCAGAAAUCCCGCUAUGUGUACGACCUGUUCCACAAGAGGAAAGCCAUAAGCCGCGAGCUUUACGACUACUGCAUCAAGGAGGGUUUUGCCGAUAAGAAUCUGAUCGCUAAGUGGAAGAAGCAAGGCUAUGAGAACCUGUGUUGCCUGCGCUGCAUUCAGGCCAGAGAUACAAACUUUGGCACCAACUGCAUAUGCAGAGUCCCCAAGAGCAAACUGGAGGAGGGUCGCAUUGUAGAGUGUGUUCACUGUGGAUGUAGAGGAUGCUCUGGCUAGCAAGAGGAAAAAUGACGUCGAGGAAAUGUACAUCUAGGAACCUAAACUAUCUGAGACUCCAUAACUUCUCCAAGACCAACGUUUAACUAUUCUGGACAGCAAGAGCUACUUGCUGUUGUGAUUGUGUAUGCUAAAUGUGUAACUGAUGAGAGCCUUGACUGGAAUAUUUAGCACAUUUAAUAAUAUUCCUGGACUGGAAAUAACAGCCGAUGAUCAUUAACACUAUCCAUAACAUCACGGUUCUUGGUGCAAUAAUUACAUGUUGUCAAGGCAGCACUUCAGUGCAUGGUUGGCCAACAAUGGGGGCAUGCCAAGAGCUGGAUCUAAAGCCAUGCUUUUUCGAACGUGAAUAUUUGGUUAAUUUCUUUAGGGGUUGGAUACUGAAAAAUAUUGGCAUGCAUCUGGGUCAUUUUAUAAAUUUGGGGUCCCUUUUUUUUCUGUCCCUGUUACAUCUGACAUCUAUGAUUGAAUAAUUCUGAUGCACUCCUUAAUGCAGUCAUUCCUCCAAGAGUGAUUAUGAAUAUCAAACUACCUACCCAACAAAUAACAAAUAAUUUGAAGUCAUUCUUAAUGAUACUUGAAUGGCAAAUGACAAAGCACCAAGGUAACAGAGACAGGAAAAAUGACACACUUUGGAUCCUAAAUUUAUAGAAUGACAGGUCUGCAUUGUGUACACGUAUGCACAUUGACACCCCAGCGUUAAUAUGUAAAAAGAGAAUCUGAUUUUGUUAAUAGGCUUGUACAGUUCUGUGGUGGGUUUAAGAAUAAUCAAGUUUUGAUAAUGUAGAAACUGUUCUUGGUUUUAUAAUUUCUUUCAUACAU